AUGCGAACCCGGGUUUUCAUUAAAGGUAACGAGGCAAAAUUAGUCGUUUGAGCUACGAAUAUAAGGAGUAAUCACUAAAAGGUGUAUUUCUGACAUUAAAUUUGGAAUUUCCAGGUUAAUUCUUGACAAUGCAGCUGUGGGACGCAGUUAACUCACACAGACAGGAUUACUUACUAAAGUGAGAAUUAAAAGUGAAUUUCAAAUUUAAGGUCAAACUAGCCGAACUAAGAAGGAAACAUGGUUUCAGAUGAGCUACUUUAGCCUUAAAUUUAAAAUUCAUUUUGAAUCCUCACUCUAGUGUAUAACCCCGAGCACUGCCAUUUUAAUGAUUUUACUCCAAAUGAGUUGACCCGACCAAAGAUAAUUUUGCGUUGACGUCAACUCGUUCUGAGACGCUAAUGGCUCAUGUACAUAGUGAUGGGUUGUGGUGUCAUCACAAUAAUGAAUGCACUGCUAGGCAAACCAUUGAUUGAUGAUGCAUACUCCCAACAUGACGGUCAUUGAAAUGGCAAUGUUUAGGGAGAAAAUGCCACAGACGUUUACUGUUUUUAAUUGAUUAAAAAAGUUGAACAAAACCAUAACUUGCAGGGCUAUUCCAAAACCUUUCUUUCAGCUCUGUUAAAAUUGAAAUUCAACUCGGGACAGUUCCCAGUUUAGUGAACUGCAUUCAAGUCAAGAAGUACUGGUGUUGAGGUGUGCACAUUCUUUUCAUAAGAAAAAUCCAAGAAUUGACACGUGACAAAAAAAAACCAGUUCGGGUAUUAUGGAACUAUUGUAACACUUAGAUAUUUUAAGUUUGUCUGUAAGGUUUGUCACAAGCACAUUUUUUUUUUUAAAUUCAUAGCAAAAAGGCAGCCAUUACUUUAGUUACUUUCACAAAAAAAAUUUUUUAUAAAAUGUUUGGUAAUAAUAGCCACCCUUAAAACAUUAUCCAGAUUUCACUGUUUUUUUUUUUAAUUCAACUGUGAUAGUUCCUUGGCAGUAACACAAUUGUGUAACUAUUUAGUAAAUAUGCCCCAUCUUCAAGUGCAGUGUACCUUUUACAGACAUGAUCUAAUUUUCCUCUCUGCACCAUACUUGCCCUUUGCAGUUUAUUAGUAAUUUCCCUCCACUAUCUCUCCUUCCUGUACAAACAUCCCCAUUCCAUCUCUGGAGCCUGUUUACUAAAUGAUAAAUAGCAAAGUUCAGAGGAUUCCAGUCACUCUAUGUAACGCCCCCUAUCAGAGCCCGGCCAAUAGGAGAGCGGUAUAGGAGCAACAGGAGGAAGAGGAGAGUCCAGGUGACAGUGGAACCUGCGAUAAUUAACGCCGUGUCGGUAAGCUGAUAGUGAAUAGCUCGCCAGUAACUGUAAGGGCUAUAACCAGCUCUAGGUGUUAUACUACGAUCUGAGAGCAGACCUGCGUGCUGUGAGUUGCAGUCCUGGCUGCCUGCCUGCUUGCUUUGCCCACCUUUAGGAGAAGCCUAGCAUUUAGUGUGUUAUGUACUAAUAAAUUCAUUUUAUAAUGGCCUGUCUGCUGCCUCUAACACCCAGUGUUGAAAUAAUGACACUGUGUCACUUCAUGUAAGAGGAUCAUUUGCUGCCUAUUUCUAGAGUGCGAGAUAGAAUAUCAUUUACAUUUUUAGCAGGGUCUCAAUUUAUUUGCAAAAUUUUAACUUGGUGAUUGAGGCUUCCAUUGUAAAAUUGAAGGAGUCUGGAGGGACCCAGUCUUUUUUUAUUAUUUAAUUAUUUUUUUUACAACAGUCAAAUUCUAAAGCACUUUCUUUACCCUAAAAUAGCCUCCAUUGUACAGGCUAAAGCAGUACCUGAGGCCUAGAUAUAGAUGAUUUUUAUUUCCAACCAUAAGGGACCCACUGUAUGAGGACCAAAACUUGACCCAGGGGUUAAAAAAAAAAAAAAAAUAGACUAGAGUUUUACCUACUGUUAAUGGAACUUCUCUUUAAUAUUAUCUUUUUUUCACUUUCAGAUUCUAUUUACUAGAAAGAACCCGUGGGGUUGACCAAAUUCCCACUGGAAGUGUUUUUUGUAAAUAUGGAAAUUGCCAGUUUAGGCCUCAAUUUAAUAUUUUUGGCUAAGCGUUUCAAAAAAAAUAUUUUAAUGUUGUGGUAUUUUUCAUAUGUUGAUAAUUUUUAUAUAUAUUAUAUUUUUUGAUUUUUGUAAUAUUUUAAAAAUCAUAAAACAUUUUAAAAGUUUAUCCAAAAACAUUAAAUUAUUUGAAACGCCUAUCCAAAACUAUGAAUUCAAGGCCCUUCUCGGAAUGUAGCCAUUUUUAUCAAAUUUUCAAUCUAGACAAAAUUAAGGAUGAAGAAAAUUGUUCAAAACAUAAAAUAUAUACACAGAUGCAUGCUCAAGAGUAUAGCAUUGAGCUCUUUUGAGAAUUCCACGAGAUCCUCCAUAGACAGCGCCAAUUCCCUGCAGCCGUCAUUGGUGAUAGCUGGGGGGGGAUUGUCACUUCUAGAACUUUUUAGACAGUGUUGUCGAACGUUCUAGACAACAUUAGGGCGUUCCUUGUUAUCCUAACUGUAUUAAAGCCCUCUAUAGUUUGGACGGCAUGGAAUGUCGUUAAGGGAUUAAUAAAAAAAAGACCUGUCUGUAUGUGGGUGAUGAGGGGAUACAAUUAGAGGGUUCUGGACAUGUGAGGUAUUCUCAAGAUAAGAAAAGGAAAUGCAUUUAUUUUAAAGAACUUUCAAUAAAUGCACUAGUUACAUAGAACUUAUCAUGGAGCUUGAACAUUAGUUUUGAUAUAUUGGAAAUCCCAUGUAAAAUUCCAGUUUUAGGAUCUAUUAAUUAAACUCCUAGUUGUGGUAAAUUAGUGAAUAGAAAAUUUAUUGCAAAAUUUCACAAAAAAUACUGAACUUUCUUAAACAGCGAUGUAGUCUGACAAAAUCAAAUAAGAAGUGGAGCAAUAUUUGGAAGAGGUGCCCCACCACCCUAAGUGAUACAAAUUAAAGUAGCUGAAGUUACCAGUCGUUGGCGAUACCCAAUACGUAGAUCAUAUAAUCUACACGGAAAAAUGCAACAAUAAUAGUGUAGAUCCGGUAGUUAGAUCAAAUGGAGUAAGUAAAAUAUAUAUAGUCUAACAUUUAUUUGGACAUAAAAAGUAUUUAAAAACAGAGAUUCAGUUACGGUAAUAAUAAAACAGAGAAAACUACAAAUGGGGUGAGCAGCAGCUUACAAGCUUAAGUGGUGAGUAUGGCGGUACAUGUACCCGCUACUCACGACUAGGCUCCUGAGGUCGUCCUAGCUCUCACACUCCCAUGCGUUAUGAUCGAGGCUUCAGCUUCCCAAGUGCCGUUUGCGUUUCGCGGCUUUCAGUUUAAUCCUCUGCUUCUUUCCCCUGAGAUUGGCUAUGUAACUGAAGUUUGGUUUCUAGUUCACUUUUUGGUCCUUGUUGAAUAAACAGAAUUACUCUUUCUUUUCAAAUAGUUAUUAUUAAAUAAUUUUUCAAAAUUUUAUAUUAAACCACUAUAAUAAUUUCUGAUAAAAUAGUUGGAUCUUCUCUCUCAAAAAUGGCAAUAGGCUGGUGUAAAUGUAUAUUAAGAAAACGACUUACAAGUUUCAGGUUUUGGUUUUUCCUUUACCAAGUGGGUCCGAAUAAUCUAUACUAGAAAGAACCACUAAUGUUAAACAUAAUUAUAUAUUUUUUGUUAACAUUAGAUUGUUGAAGUACAUUGGAAUAGGUGACAUUUUACAUUUUCAGGAAAUAGAAAAAGAAUUUAUAACCGCAAAUGAUCAACAUUGUGCGUUAUUGUUAUUUGUUUACUAUUAAAUAGUUUUGAGAUAGCUGUAGAUAAGACUAUUCACUCUUUGAAUGCCUGGGUUGUAUAACGUGCUCUGAGUUUAAUUUCAGAAGGAUGUCCACUCACUUGUGCCCUUUUUUUAAGUCUUUUUAG